GCGCGCGGGAACCCCGGGUCCUGUAGCCUCCGGAGCGCGGAGAGGCGGGGCCGGGGCUGGCCGGCUGCCCGCGCCCCCGCCCCUCGGACCCGGCUCCGGGAGCGGGGCGCCCCGCGCGCGAGCGCACGACGGCCAGAGCGCCGAGGCGGUACCUUCAGCCGGGCAAUGAAGAGAGCCCGGGAGAACCAGCUGGAGCCGGCGGAGACGUUCCCUGCGCCCGGGGUUACUGCUGCCGCCGCGGCUUCUUGAAACUCUCCGAAGUUGAGAGCCAGCGAGAGGCUGCCGCCCGCCGGGAGCAAGAGGGAAAGGAACUCGGCAGAUGCAAGAGUGACAGACGGAGACAGACAGACGCACAGACCUUCAGAAGACACCACCGUCGGCGGCCUAUUCCCGGAGCCUGUGAGGCUUCCCAGCUCAGUUCACUGGUGGGAGGCUGAGCUGGUGGAAAAGGCGCCUGGAAGAGACUUAGAGGCGACCAUAAUGUCUUUACGUUUACACACACUGCCCGCCCUGCCUGGAGUUGUCAGACGGGGCUGCAGGGAACUGCUGUGUUUGUUGGUGAUCACGGUGACUGUGAGCCGCGGCGCCUCCGGGCUGUGCCCCACCGCGUGCAUCUGUGCCACUGACAUCGUGAGCUGCACCAACAAAAACCUCUCCAAGGUGCCUGGGAAUCUUUUCAGACUGAUUAAGAGACUGGAUCUGAGUUAUAACAGAAUCGGGCUUCUGGAUUCUGAGUGGAUUCCAGUGUCGUUCGUCAAGCUGAACACCCUAAUCAUUCGUCAUAACAACAUCACCAGCAUUUCCACGGGCAGUUUUUCCACAACUCCAAAUUUGAAGUGUCUAGACUUAUCAUCCAAUAAGCUGAAGACCGUGAAGAGCGCAGUAUUCCAAGAGUUGAAGGUUCUGGAAGUGCUCCUGCUUUUCAACAAUCGCAUUUCCUAUCUCGAUCCUUCUGCGUUUGGAGGGCUCUCCCAAUUGCAAAAACUCUACUUAAGUGGAAACUUUCUCACGCAGUUUCCCAUGGAUUUGUAUGUUGGAAGGUUCAAGCUACCAGAACUGAUGUUUCUAGAUGUUUCUUAUAACAGGAUCCCCUCCCUGCCAAUGCAUCAUAUAAAUUUAGUGCCAGGCAAACAGCUGAGAGGCAUCUACCUUCAUGGAAACCCAUUUGUCUGUGACUGUUCCCUUUACUCCUUGCUGAUCUUCUGGUAUCGUAGACGCUUUAGCUCGGUGAUGGAUUUUAAGAACGAUUAUACCUGUCGCCUGUGGUCUGACUCUAGGCACUCCCAUCAAAUGCUUCUGCUCCAAGAUGGCUUUUUGAAUUGCUCUGACAGUAUCGUCAAUGGUUCCUUCCGUGCGCUUGGCCUUAUUCAUGAGGCUCAAGUGGGGGAGAGGCUGAUUGUCCACUGUGACAGCAAGACCGGUAAUGCAAAUACAGAUUUCAUAUGGGUGGGUCCAGAUAACAGCCUGCUGCAGCCGGAUAGAGAGAUGGAAAACUUUCACGUGUUUCCCAAUGGAAGUCUGGUUAUAGAAAGUCCUCGUUUUGAGGACGCCGGAGUGUAUUCCUGUAUUGCAAUGAAUAGGCAACGCCUGUUGAAUGAAACUGUGGAUGUCACAAUUAAUGUGAGCAAUUUCACUGUAAACAGAUCCCAUGCCCACGAGGCAUUCAACACAGCUUUUACCACUCUUGCAGCCUGCGUGGCCAGUAUUGUUUUGGUACUUUUGUACCUCUAUCUGACGCCGUGUCCCUGCAAGUGUAGACCCAAGAGGCAAAAAAAUAUGCUCAACCAAAGCAGUGCCCAUUCAUCUAUACUCAAUCCCGGCCCCGCUAGCGACGCCCUGGCUGAUGAACGGAAGGCAGGUGCCAGUAAAAGAGUGGUGUUUUUGGAGCCACUGAAGGAUACUGCAGCAGGGCAGAACGGGAAAGUCAGGCUCUUUGCCAGUGAAACGGUUAUAGCUGAGGGCAUCUUAAAGUCCACCAGGGUGAAAUCCGACUCGGAUUCAGUCAAUUCAGUGUUUUCAGACACACCCUUUGUGGCGUCCACUUAAUUUUGUGCCUAUAUUUGUAUGGUGUAAUAAUUCAGUCUCUCCAUGUUUAACUGUGUGUGUGGUCUGCAAAAUAAACAGCAGGACAGAAAUUGUGUUUUGUUUUUUGAAAGACAACCAAAUGGUCUCUUUAAAUGGUUGAUAGGAAAUGUGAUAACAGCACUUAGGUUGCUCAACGUGCCAGAGAAAGAUGGAGUUGUUUUCCAAAGUUUAAGUUCUAGUUAACAAUAUCUUAGUCUUUAGCACCACUGGCAAUUUCAAAGCUGGCCUGGAGGUGAUUGAUAUGACUGACAGUGUCCUUCCAUUCAGGAUUCUUGACAGAAAAAAUAAAUUUCACGUAUUAGUGUACUUUAAAAAGAGACUCUACUAAUUUAUUAGGACCAAAGUUGAGUUAAAGAAAAGGAUUAGUGUCCCAUUUCACUUUAAAAAGAUGUAAAAGGAAGAACCAAGCAGCAAUUAUUUGUAAAGCACAAAGUCAAGUUAGAUUUGGGGAUAAUUCAGCUAAUUUCGUCAUUUCAGACCAGAGCAGACAGACUACACUGAAAACAUUUACUGGGUAAUGCCACAUCCCAUAUGCUGUUGGAGAAAUAGUGCAAUAAAGGUACACUUGUUUGACUGUCUUCUUUCCAUUCUGUACAUUUCUUAUCCUUGUACAAAAGCUCUUACUGAGAGUUUCAAGUCAUCAUUAUUUGCCGUAAAUAUGUAGGUGUCAACACCAAAAUGUCUGAGUAACUUCUUAAGCCUUUGUUCUAGCACACUAAUGUAUGUUUAAUAUGCUCGUGUGUAUGUAAAUCUUAAAUUAUAUGAACUAUUAAAUAGAUCCCAUUGUAUUGUACUUUAGACAUUUGAAUUAAUGUAAAUAUAUGUAUUCUGUGACUUGAUGUUCUGUUUUAUCUGACUAUUUAAAAACAUAAAUUGGAGAUGUUUUACGUGA